AUGAUCGCUACAUCCCUACUGCUGCUGCUGCUGCUAGCAGUCGUACACUGUGUUCACUGUGUUGAGCUGAUCCAGCCCGGAUCCACAGUAUUAACCCCUGGUCAGUCAAUGACUCUGACCUGCAAAGUGUCUGGAUAUUCAUUAACUGAUAGCAGCUACUGUACAGACUGGAUACGACAACCUGCAGGAAAAGCUCUGGAAUGGAUCGGACGUAUAUGUGGUAGCGGUAGCACAUUAUACAGUGAGAAACUGAAAAGCAGCUUUCAGGUUUCCAGAGACACGUCUAGCAGCACAGUAACAUUAACAGGACAGAACAUGCAGACUGAAGACACAGCUGUGUAUCACUGUGCUCGUUACCCACAAACAGAGAAGACCCCAGUACACACAACACACACCAUGUUCUCUACAUCUCUACUGCUUCUGCUGGCAACUGCUUCCUAUGUGCAUGGUGAAGAACUGACUCAGCCUGCUUCCAUGACAGUCCAGCCAGGCCAGAGUCUCUCCAUCAACUGCAAGGUUUCAUAUUCAGUUACCAGCUAUCGUACAGACUGGAUCCGACAACCUGCAGGAAAAGCUCUGGAGUGGAUUGGAUACAUCAGUAGUGGUGGUAGUACAUAUUACAGUGACAAACUGAAAAAUAAGUUCAGCAUCUCCAGAGACACUGCUACUAACACAAUAACAAUUCAAGGACAGAAUCUGCAAACUGAAGACACAGUUGUGUAUUACUGCGCAAGAUACACAGUGACACAGAAUAGUGGAUUCUCCUUACAAAAACUUUGA